CAGACUGGAGAUCGGCGAAGGGUUUAUACCUUUGCGGAAAGGGGUUGAUUUUUAUAUCUUAGACAAAAAGAAAAGACGUCAACCAUGUCGUCACCCGAUAAUCAAGACACAGAGGCGAUAUCGGAGCAAAGUGAUGAAAGACAGGACCCUCAGGACACAAACUCAAACCCUGUGAAGACAGAAGAGGCCAAACUGAAAGCCAAGUAUCCCAACCUUGGUCAAAAACCAGGGGGCUCGAGUUUUUUGAUGAAAAGACUUCAGAAAGGGCAAAAGUACUUUGACUCAGGCGACUACCAAAUGGCCAAAGCCAAGAUGAAGAAUAUGCAGCUUCCGGUAGCUGGGCCUGACAAGAACCUCGUUACGGGCGACCACAUUCCCACGCCACAGGACCUUCCUCAGAGAAAGCAGUCUCUAGUCACAAGCAAACUGGUUGGCUAAAGCAUCUACCUCCUGUUUUGAGUAACUCCCUCCCUGUCAUCAUGUUACUUACGACCCUGUCCCUUUGUCAUUUUCCAAGCUUUGUCAACUAAAUAGCUGCUAGUCAACCAUUCUGCAUUUGUACGGGGCAUCUGUAGGCCUUGGUUGACCAAUUCUAAACAGCACUCAUCCUGGAAUACUCAAAAACGUCUGCACACAAAGAGCCUGCACUCUGUCAAUAGCCAGUUAGCAUCAAAACAUCCUGGGGGUAAUACUACACUUCACUUUUCUGCCCGUCCCCAAAACGCAUGAGGGAAAAGAAAAAUAGAGAUUUUUUUUCUCAAUGUUUUGAAAUCAAUGACUAAUUUAUGACAAAAAAAAAAUUUUAGAUUCAAACAAUACAUUUGAGCAGGAAGCUUAAGAAGGCUUGCUUCUUUACUCGGUUUAAGUUCUUCUACGUUUUGUCCAAUCUUGGGCUGCUUACAGUGAAAUUGAAAUGGAGUCAAAUGCCCCUCAGCAUUGAGCUGUUUUGUUCAACGUGUGAACAUAGAAAAAGAUGACAGCGUAUGUGCAGAAUUGUCCAGUUUUGUCCAGGUCUUAUUUUGUUUACAGCUUAUCUGUAAUAACGGUAAAUAAAUGUUUUAUCUUUGCACUUGCCAUGACAAUCAGGGCUAAAACAGAAAUUACUGUCAGGCUUAUGAUUCAAACAUGAUCUGUUCUCCUAAUUUUUUUGGAUAGUCUAUUGAUAAUGGUGUUUUGGUUUUGGAGUAAAAGCAGAAUUGGUUAUGUUGUGUGUGGUAUAAGGGUGGCUGUCAG